GGCAGUAGAAGUUCCGCUUUGUCCAAAACGGCUGGCAGUGAAAGGGUUAAUGGCCAUUGAAUUGAGAAAUGGAGUUGUUGGGAGCUAGAGAGACAUGUGGUUCUAUGCUUUUACGCUUUUAAAUGUUUUUAAUUCACAAGUCCUAUAUAAUAAAUAAUAAAUGUUGUGUAUUGUUAUUUUGGAGUGUGCAUGUUUCCAGGGUUUUUUGUAGCAACCACACUACAGUAGUCAGUUAGUAGUCAGUAACCAAUCAGUGACUUGAGAGGGGCCAUAUGGGACAUAACCAUCAGUUAGUUGCCUUUGAAUCUGACCUGCGUGCUCACAAACUAAACAGUUAUGUCCCAUGUCCCCCCCCCCCCAAAUCACUGACAGAGGUUACAGAGGUGAAAGCAGGACAUAGAGUUCUGACUAUAAGGUUAGACAUCUGCCCAUUCCAGCCUUUAUAGAUUACAUUUUUGCCUAUUUUUAGCUAUUAGAAAUUUUUUUUUUUUUUGGUGCAGUCUAUCCAUUUUACCCAGUUUAAUUUUUACACUGAACUGUUCCUUCAGGGAAAAUGUUAUUAGGGCUUUAUGAGUUUUAUAGCUGAUUUUCCAAAGUAAGUGUGGAACAUGUAAGUAAAAAAGUAAACAUUUCUGGCAUUCGAAGACAAAUCUUCAUAUUUUCUUUUAAUUGGUUUUGAUUUAUUUAAUUUCUUGGUUCUUUUAUAGUCAGCUGCUAGGCUAUUGUGAGGGUAACUAGUAUGGUCAUUAUAGUAUCAUCCACAUAGCAGCUACAAUGUGGUAUCGUUUCCCAGUCCCCCUUAAGUUUUUUGUUCAGCAUCUCUACAGUUUGUCAUUUAUAGUAACUGCAUUUUGAUAUCAUAAAAGAUGUAAAAUUGAUUGCAGGCAGCUGCUGUUGUGCUUCACUUUGCCGGCUAGCUACUAGAUUAUCGCUAUGGCAACUAGUAUGGGCAUUAUGACAUCACCAACAGAGCUACUGCUGUGGGAACUAGAAUGAGCAUUAUGACAUCACCAACAGAGACAAUGCUGUGUGGGUACUAGAUCCCAGCUCAGUUUGUCUUUGGACAAUCAAGAUGAUUUAUCUCAUUUUGUUGUUCAACCUAUAUUUUCACAUAAAUCUUAAUUUUUUAUUCCAAAAAUAUUUUCAAAACUAUGACCAAUUAAAAGCAAACAUUUUUAGAUCGAAGAAAACUAAACCUAAUAAAAUUCAUGGAGUAGGCCAUACUUCUGGCCCUAUGAAGAGAACUCGGCAGAACCGUGAGGCCUGUGGGAAACCCUCCUGUGCGGCAGUGAUGGGCCCCAGGUAUUCCUAUUUAUUGAUCAUUUUGAUGACCAUUGGAAUCCUCACGCACCAUUGUGAUUGUGCACCAGUUCUGAAGAUAAAAAAUUUUGAUGUUUUACAUCAUCACCUGACUCUGAGGCCAAAUACCCGGAGUCUUAUUCCCUGCAAGUUUGCUGCAGUGCGUCCAAUAGAUGCAACCAAAAUGGUACUUGAAUGGGGUAAAAUCUCUGAAGAUGAUGGAAAAUACACCCCUCUUAUCCAGCUGAAUAGCGAUGGAGUCAAAACUUUCUCAGAAGACAGCAAGAAAUAUGAGCUUUUUGUACCCCUUGUAAGGAAAGGGAACUGCACCUUGGUUAUCAAACCCACCGGUGCUACAGACAAUGGAGCUUAUGAAGUUUGGAUGACACUAGAUGGAGAGCUGUAUGAAUCGUUUUCCCGAACGAGAAUUACAGUUUCGGGUGGGUCACGGGCAUUAGGGUCCCGUGCAGAAGCUCCAACUACCAAAAUGACCCCAACAGCCAUAAAGAAUACGGCUGCAAUGAACUCUAAAGAGCCAAUAGGAGUCAAGAACAGCAGUAACUUCUUUGCUUUACUUCUUGAAAAACACGGGAAAUCGGCAAUUAUUGUGGUGAUAGCGGUUCUAUCAUUUCUUACACUGACCUCAGUGACAUCCCUGGUUGUAUGUUGUCUAUAUUGCUGCUCGGGAGAUGAAGAGCCAUCUGCGGAUGAAGAGACCCCAAAAGAGAGCACCCCACAAACAACUCAAGAGGAGACUAGUCUCCACGUUGAGGAUGAGACCCCAUCUGAAACAUCUGGUCAGAAAAGGGGUGAAAUAGUAUCAUAUGAGAGAGAAGAGCCUGCUAAAUAUUCUGCUUCGGAAUCAGAAGAAGAACCAGACUCGUCAUAUAAAGGAUCAGAUACUGAGUCAGACUUAAGUGACUCGGGAUAAGUGAGACUUGAAAUGUGAAGUCAGCAUCUGAUGCUCAAACUAAGGAAGAGCCAUAAGAAAUACCUGUAAUUGCUACAAAUAUGCCAGGAGAGUCCUGAAUCACAGACCCCGAAAUGGGCGGGUUUUGGGUGGAUUGGGGGUGUGAUCGGACUCAACUUUAACAAACUGCUGGCAGGUUUGCUGGUAUCUGCCUGUCCCAGUAAUAUGAGGCGUUGCAAAGAAGGAGAAGAUAAAAGACUUUAAUGUUGUAAAGUACUAACAGAUCACUAGUGCAAAGAGUGCAGUUGUGCUCUAUGUAUUAAAGAGCCAAAAGGACAAAGAAGCAGAAAACCAGAAAAGAGAAGAAUAUCUAGUGGAAUUAAGUCUAAAACAACUGGACUUUUCUGAGUUUUUCUAAAAUCACAGACCCCCUCACAUUUCGGGGGUCUGUGAUUUUAGACUUAAUUCUGCUAGAUACUGUAUAUCAUGACCUGGAUGAAUAAGAAUCUUCAUAGACAGAAGAGAGAAGAGAAAAUAAAUUAAAAUUCUCACAAAAUUUGUGAGAAUUUGGAUAUUUUUUUUACUUAAAUGUUUAAGCUGAUAUGUUUAUACAAUAAAUAAGAUAAAAUAUACAAACAACAGUUUUGAA